AGAGUUCUCGGAGACGCCGGCGGAUAAAAGCAGCGCAGCUCAUCUCCCGGCUAGCUCCGUUAGCUUAGGCGGCGACGAGCUCCCCCUCCGGCCGCCGCCUCCGGCGACUCGGGCACUCGGGCACCCGGGCACCCGGGCACGGAGGCUGGGCUCGGCGUGUGGCGACGCGGAUGUCCCGUGCGGACAGUCAGACUGAGCGUCGCCGCGUCAGUCUGAACUAACCCGCGUCUGUCAGAAUGAGCGCGUCGCGGGGAGACGCGGGUCGAGUCCGCUCCCGCUGCAGCCCCUUGUCGAGUGCGCUGUGCGGAGCUAGCGUUAGCUGAAGCGGCUAACGGGGGAAGAUGUAGCUGCUGCCGCGGAUGAACUCGACCCUGUUACCUUUGCCAUCCCGGGGACAAGACUGCGUUGAAACAACCGCGGCUUCAUUUUUACAGAGCUGCUUUUUUCUUUUUUCUUUUUUACAUUUACUUCAUUUAACAACCGUCCAAUUACAAUGUAGUUGGAAAAUCGUUUUUUUGUUUUUUUUACUGUCAUAUUUAUCAUUAGGAUUCGUCUUCUCCAGUGUUUAUUGGCUCACUGCCACAUUCUCCAUUUUGUUCUGUGCUGUGUGAUGCGUUUGGGCACCGAGCUACUUCUGAUGGACGUUGUGUUGCACCAACCAGUAGACUGCUCCCUGUGGGCGGCCAGUCAGUCUGUGGAGCUCUGCAGGGACAUCCAUCACUCUUCACUAAUGCUGUCAAAAGUUAAGGAUGGUCCAGGCACCAGGAGACCUCAGUAAUGACCUUACAUCAUCAUGACAUCCAGCCUGAAUCUGCUCGCUCAGCAGAAAGUGGAUUCUGAGCACGAGGCAGAGGUGUCAUCCUCUCCGUCAGACUCAGUGAUGAGUGAGUCUCCACAGGGCUUUCAGGUAAUCUCCGCUGAGCCUGCCACAACACCACAGCGAUUACAGAUUGUAACUGACCAGCAGACAGGUCAAAAGAUCCAGAUAGUGACUGCGAUGAACCCGUCCAAUGCUCCCAAGCAGCAGUUCAUCCUCACUACAGCUGACAGCUCAGGGGCAGGCAAGGUUAUCCUGACCUCGUCAGACAGCCACAACACUAAGCAGCUCAUCUUCACCGCUGCAGACAGCCUGAUGCCAGGACGAAUACAGAUUGUCACAGAUCCAGUUGCAAUGGAGCGGUUGUUGAGUCAGGCGGGGGACUUGAGUCGAUCGCAGCCAGUCGAGUACUGUCUGGUGUGUGGUGACAAGGCUUCAGGGCGUCACUAUGGAGCAGUCAGUUGUGAGGGCUGUAAAGGCUUCUUCAAGAGGAGUGUGAGGAAGAACCUGACCUACAGCUGCCGCAGCAAACAGGACUGCGUCAUCAACAAACACCACCGCAAUCGCUGCCAGUUCUGUCGGUUGAGGAAAUGCCUUAAGAUGGGGAUGAAGACUGAGUGUGAGUUUGCAUCCCAAAUCCAGGAUGUGAAACCUGAAGACAAAAAUACGGUUCCACUCAGAAACAAGUCAGUCAACAGCCGUAGCCGGAGACAUUAUCUCCCACAAAAAGCUGUCCAGAGUGAGAGAAAACCCAUUGAUGUAGUGCCCAGAGAGAAACAUGCCAACUGUGCUGCCUCCACCCAGAAGAUCUACAUUCGCAAGGACCUCAACAGUCCGCUCAUUGCCACACCAACCUUUAUCUCAGACACAGAGACAGAUGGCUCCAGAUCCAGCCUGCUAGACCAAGGGAUGCUGGUGAACAUCCAGCAGCCGGUCGUCCAAAGUGAUGGAACGUUGCUGCUGGCCGCUGACUCAAAGAUGGAGUCUGGCCAGGGGGACUUGGGGACACUAGCCAAUGUGGUGACAUCACUGGCCAACUUGAGCGACUCAUUGAAAGAAAACUUAAACAACGGUGACACCUCAGACAGCCAACUAGAGGAGCAGUCUGCCAGCGAGAUAACACGUGCCUUUGACACUCUGGCAAAAGUCUUCAACCCACCUGAAGUCGGGGUGCGACAAAGUCUGGCAGAGAAAUCGCAGUUUGUCGGCGGAACAACGAUCCAGCUAAUUGGUAGAGGCCAGGAGACGCCCAUCAUUGAGGUGGAAGGACCACUGCUCACUGACAGCCAUGUCGGCUUCAAGCUGACCAUGCCCAGCCCCAUGCCUGAGUAUCUGAAUGUACACUACAUCUGUGAGUCGGCAUCCAGGCUUCUCUUCCUGUCCAUGCACUGGGCGCGCUCCAUCCCUGCCUUCUCAGCUCUCGGUCAGGAGGCGAACACCAGUCUGGUGCGAGCCUGCUGGAACGAGCUGUUCACACUGGGUCUGGCUCAGUGCGCUCACGUGAUGAACCUGUCGACCAUCCUCACCGCCAUCAUCAACCACCUUCAGAGCAGCAUCCAGGACGACAAGCUUUCGGGGGAGAGGGUGAAGCAGGUGAUGGAGCACAUCUGGAAGUUCCAGGAGUUCUGUAACAGCAUGACGAGACUGGAGACCGACAGCUAUGAGUAUGCCUACCUGAAGGCGAUCGUGUUAUUCAGCCCUGAUCACCCGGGUGUGGACAGCAGCGGCCAGAUUGAGAAGUUCCAGGAGAAAGCUCUGAUGGAGCUGCAGGACUAUGUGCAGAAAGCCUAUCCUGAUGACAUGUACAGGCUGACCCGUAUCCUGACCCGUCUCCCUGCCCUGCGUCUCAUGAACUCAAGUAUCACGGAGGAGCUCUUCUUCACGGGCCUAAUAGGUAACGUCUCCAUUGACAGCAUCAUUCCCUACAUCCUCAAGAUGGAGACGGCCGAAUAUAACAGCCAGGACGCUGAUGCCACAGAAUGACAAGCCGCCACUCCAGGACCCAGAACUGUCGAGGUAAAGAUGGAACUCUCUUUGUCACUAAAAGGGGUUUCUUUUUUAACCCCAGUCUAAAAAAAAAAGAAAUCCUGCAGCAGCCCCUUGUUCCCCACCGAUCCGUGGUGCAAAGUCAUUCAGGAUCCCUUCAUAGAUUAAGACAAUCUGGCACUGGAGAGCCUGGAUGACACUUGGAUUGUUUUCUGGAGCUGAUGCAGUGUGGGGAUCCUUGAGGAUUUCUCUGCAGCUGCAACUGUGCUUGUCUCCGGCAACGUCUCUGUAGCACUUAAAGCUUGUCACAUGUGAACUUUAACCUCUGAACUAAGCCUUUUUCAAAUUGUUUUAGUCUCAUCUAAGUCUUUCUAUGCUUUCAUAUUGACCACAUAAAUAAUUUACAGGUAUCAGAUGAUGUACAUCAACAAACAGAUCAGAAACUGAAAUUUGACAUUUUAAUUUGGAAUCAGAGUAUUUCCUUUAAAAAAAGUGUACUUUGAGCUGUAAAGUAUUUAUUAAUUUUGAACAUUGGCACUGUAAUCUUGUACGGUCAACGACUGUGUUGUUUAAUUAAGAAUUCAGGCUUUAAAAAAGAUUAAAGACUUAAAAGUAAUUAUUUUCUUUUUUUUUUAUUUGAAAGUGACAAUGAAGGAACAGAUCUGUACUCUAAUGAAUCUAAAUGAUAGUUGGAAGCACUUCAGUCAGGAACAAGAGCAAACUCAAACCUCAACCCUUAAUUUGCAAAUAAUUCAUAGGCAGUGACUUUCACAACACUGAGAAACCAGUAGCUCAUUACAGUUUGUCCGGUAACUGAUUUUAUUUCAUCUUUCAGUUUAAGUUUACAUUCUCGAAACCACAUAAGCCAAAUUAGCCAGUUAAAUUCACGACAUGUCGUUUUUUAUACUGAAUGACAAACAUAAGAGUCAUUAUGUUUGGGUACAGUUUCCUCUGGGUUAACAUGCAUCUGUUUGUUUUAUAAUCAGUGCAAUCACCACGUCACUUUUAUGACAAUCAAUUAUAUGUUAUCUCCUUCUGUGGCAUUAGUGUCACGACAGCUCUUUUCAACCCGCAUUUUGUCUGCGUAUUUAUCGGUGGAAAUUUAUUUCUUCUAAAGAAUUUGAUUCACUUUAGGUUCAGAAACGUUAACUAUGUGUAGCUAUGCUACUGUUUUUGGUUUUCUGCGCAGUGCACAUCAGUCGGCUUUUGUUGCAUCUGUGCUGAAAACUUUGUGUUUUUGUAUGUUUUCUAAAAACUUACAUUUGUUGUGAACAUUUUUGCCUGUUGCAUACUAAGUGUACUUAAAGUACUUUUGGGCAGGUUUCCCUCAUUUUAAAAAAAAAAAAAAGAAGAAGGAAAAAAUAGAGAGAUCUCCUGGGAAGCCAGUCUCCUGUGUCAUUGUUUUUUCCUCAGUUGUCUGGGGGCAUCCUUGGCACCGUCGCCCAAAUAAUUUUUUUAAAAAUUUUUCUCGAUCUUCGGUUUCCUCGCUAAGGCAAUGGUUGGGAAAAUACUGAAUGUCUUGAAGAACAUAUGGAGAUUUUUACGCUGGCUCACCCACUUGUAUAAUGGUUCAGAAUAAGCAUCCGCAGCAACGUGAAUGAAUGAUAACGGGGAUAUAAAGAAGUCAACAACUACUUAUGUCUUGUGAAAUUAAUGUCAAUUGUAAUAAUAGGGUUUAAAACCCAUACAGACUGUUCGUAAAGACACUGGUGUGAAAUGACCUUUGUACGUGUAAUUUCAUGAAAAUGAGUGCAUGUUGUUUUUAAGCGGGGUUUUAUAAGCUUGUCGCUGUCUGCCCUAAUAAGGAGCAUUGUUAUAAUUUUUAUAGUGCAUUGCAGUGCAUGAAGAAGUUGCUUAAGUGCAUUUUAUCAAAUGCUGUAUGAAAAUAUUGAUUUCAAUGUUGUGGCUUUAAAAUAUCAACCAUGAGCAGCUCCCAGGUAAGAGAGUGUUAGAGCAGAAUUGUUUUUCCAGCUUUGUGGAUUGAGUAUCCCAUGGUUAAAAUUUUAUGCUAUGUAAAUGUUUUUUUUUGUUGUUGUUGUUGUCUCAUGUAAAAUGUAUUUCUUCAAAAAAAGAGAUUGAGAAAAUCAAACAUUCAUGUUUUGCUCUUAACCCUACAUUUCUACCUCACACCAAUGCAGCUGUAAAACAAAUGUAUUACCGACUCAGCUCCUGUUUCAGCAUUCCAGUCUCUGGGGCCGGCUUCUCCGAAGCCGCGUAUUAUAGCAGAAAUAAACAAUUAUCCAUGAAAUAUAACACGACUGGCAGGUAUUCAUGAUCAGUGAGAGUUUUACGGUAUCUGCAGGAAUAUACAGUUAUUCUCAUUCUGUUUGUUUUAUUGUGGUGUUUAGUUUUACGCAGCAAUUCCCUUUGUCUGAGACAAAGCGAUAGAAUAUGACCUCUAACCUUGAAAGAUUUUUGCUAGAAUCAAUAAUCAUAUUGAUAAAGUUUUGUUAACAACAUGGGCAACACCAUACCAGGUUUCACCUCAUCAUGUAUGUGAGGUCUCUGUCACUAUUAAACACAGAUGCGUUCCUCAA